AUGAAAGUAAAAACAGAACCCACUCUCCCUUCCCACCUCCAUCUCACAUCUCAAGCCAGUUCUAUUCCUUCAUCUCGCCUCACUGAGGUCCUCGGAGAGAAGCAAAAACGGUCAAAAAGCCCAGAGGAACACAACAAAAAAUCUCCUCCCCGUCGUCCUUUAUAUGUUCUCGGAGUGAAGAAAACGGUAAAAACACCAGAGGAACGCCGUCGACUCAGCACCCCUUCAGAGCGCUGCGGGAACCGCCGGGGGACUCACAAGGGCGACAAGCUCCUUGCCACCAUGCAUGGCAUGCCGCAUGGUGGUGCUGAUACCGGAGGCCGCAGCGGGGUCUAG